UUCGAUUUUAAGUAUACACAAUUGACUUUAGAUUACAUUUUAGUACAACCGCAUUAACUACACAGCAAUGGCAACGACGCCGAUGGUCCCACCCGCCGCCGCGUUGGAUGGUGGCGCGCCUCCUCCCCCUGUCGCGGCGCCACCGCCGCCGGGAACAGACAUGACCGGCAUCUGUUUUCGCGAUCAGCUAUGGCUUAAUACAUAUCCGCUCGACAGAAACCUAGUUUUUGAUUACUUUGCACUUUCCCCCUUCUACGAUUACUCUUGCAAUAAUGAGCAGCUUCGCCUCCGUGCUAUUCACCCCCUCGACACUUCUCACCUCUCGAAGAUGACUGGAACAGAGUACAUGUUGAGCGAAGUGUUGGAGCCUCAUUUGUUUGUCUUUAGGAAGCAAAAGAGGGAUGGUCCUGAGAAAGUAACACCUAUGCUAACAUAUUACAUCUUGGACGGAUCAAUAUACCAAGCGCCUCAGCUUUGCAACGUCUUUGCCUCCCGAGUUGGGCGUGCAUUAUACCAUAUAUCAAAGGCUUUUAACACGGCUGCAUCAAAGUUGGAGAAAAUUGGAUAUGUUGAUGCGGAAAACGAGAGUACCUCUUCUGAACCAAAAGCUGCUAAAGAAACCAUUGACUUUAAGGAACUUAAGCGUGUAGACCAUAUUCUUGCUUCACUGCAACGUAAGCUGCCACCUGCUCCACCGCCACCUCCUUUUCCAGAGGGUUAUGCCCCUCCGACUGCAGAAGGAGAGAAAAGCUCGGACACACAGCAAGCAGAGCCACAGGGAGCUGUUGAUCCCAUCAUCGAUCAAGGCCCAUCUAAAAGAAUGAAAUUCUGAUCAGAGAUCUGCUUUGACCUAUUUCAAUCUGAAACCAGGGCAAUCGUCAAAUCAUCAGGAACCAGCUGUUUGCAAAAUGCUGAGCCGUAGAGCCUUUGCUAAGCAAGUCAAUUUUCUUGAUUAUGAUAGUAAUACCCGGUUAGCAAGUGAGCUAUAAGUUUGGUAUAUCCUUGCUAGAUUCUUGUUGCCUUAAGCAUAGUGCAACCGGAAUACUGUAAAAGUUGGAACUAAAAGUGAAACAUAGACAAUCUCUGGGUUUAAGGUUAAGCGACAUUUAGCUGAACGGUACGGUGAACAGCCAGAGCUGAAACCAACUUGAUGUGAUCAUGUUUGAAGGUUUAGCUGGUACACAAUGACAUGACUAUUAGCUCCUUUUGUGUUGGACUUGGUUCUCCAAAGCAAAGAGUGAUAUCUAUACUAUAUAAAAAGAAAUGGCAUUUUUCUAUAA